UAUGCGUCAGAGCGUAAAUCCUGCCGGAAGUGAGUUGCUUGCAAUUAUGCUUUUUUAGAAAAAUGGCGACCGACAAAAUAUAUAUGUUUACGGCUACUAUUGUGUUAUUUUUGUUAUUUCUCAGAGAAAGCCAUUGCAGGUUACAUCAUCUUAAACUCGAGGAUGACAUUCGGCAGAAAGUCCACCUGAACACUUUUGGCUUCUACAAACAUGGUUACAUGAUAGUGAAUAUGUCCAGUCUUACCCUUACUGGGGAGGAUCUGGACAAGAUUGACAGCUCCACGGUUGGAUUCAGUCUGGAUAGGACAAGCAGCAAUGGCUUCUCUACGUAUUUAGAUGAUCAAGAUCUGGACUACUGUGUCCUUAAGAAGUCUCCCAGCAGUGACGUCGCUGUGGCAUUGCUGUUAUUUGACUUCAAUAAAAAUGAGGUGAAGAUGAAGAUGUCAUCUGAGGAGAAUGUGUUCCCUGACAUCCUCCCUGGCCUCCGAGAGACAAUAGGCAUUGAGACUGGAGCUGACCAACAGAAACCUGUAAAGGGGAAAGAUGACACAAACCCUGUGGGAGACCAUGGUGAUGGUGAGAGUAAACCCAAGCGGGAUGUUGCAGAGAAAAAGGCUGAAGUGCCUUUUCCACUCCAUAGAAACAAAGAAGUCUUCUCCUUUCAGUUUCACUUCAACGUCAGCACAGACGAGCAGCAAGGCCUGUACAACUUCUACUUCCACAACUGCUACAGCAAAGACACUCAGAUGGUUAACCCCCUCCGCUUCAGCAUUGAAAUCAGCAUCGAGGAGAAGAACCCCAACAGCUUCCUGUCUGCUGGGGAGAUCCCCCUGCCCAAGCUCUACAUCAUCAUGUCUAUGUUCUUCUUUUUCCUCGGCACACUGUGGCUGCACGUUCUCCGCCCACUCAGCGGUGAUGCUGAUGUCUAUAAAAUCCACUGGCUCAUGACUGCUCUCCCCUUCACCAAGUCUCUAUCACUCAUCUUCCACGCGAUUGACUACUACUACAUCUCUAACCAGGGCUUCCCCAUAGAAGGAUGGGCUGUGGUCUACUACAUCACUCACCUACUGAAGGGGGCACUCUUAUUCAUCACCAUUGCUCUGAUAGGGACCGGCUGGGCUUUUGUCAAGCACAUCCUCUCAGAUAAGGACAAGAAGAUCUUCAUGAUUGUCAUUCCACUACAGGUGCUGGCCAACGUGGCGUACAUCAUCUUAGAGUCUACAGAGGAGGGCACCACGGAGUACGGCCUGUGGAAAGAGGUGCUCUUCCUGGUGGACCUGCUGUGCUGCGGCGCCAUCCUCUUCCCCGUGGUCUGGUCCAUCAGACAUUUACAAGAGGCCUCAUCAACAGAUGGGAAAGCUGCCAUCAACCUUGCCCAGUUGAAGCUCUUCAGGCACUACUAUGUGAUGAUUGUAUGCUAUAUUUAUUUCACCCGUAUAAUCGCAAUUCUCAUCAAGUUCAUUGUUCCCUUUCAGUGGAAGUGGCUGUACCAGCUAUUGGAUGAGCUGGCCACGCUGGCAUUCUUCUUCCUGACGGGCCAUAAGUUCCGCCCGGCCUCCUACAACCCCUACCUGCUGCUCUCUGUGGAGGACGAUGUGGAGAUGGAGGAAGUGUGA